AUGGCAGCUUCUGCAAUAUCCAAGCUCCUUGUCUCUGAUUUCGCCUCCUCCGUUAGUCACAUCCCUUCAAACUACGUCAGACCCAUCUCCGACCGUCCAAACUUGUCCGAGGUCAAGACUUCCGGCGACUCCAUUCCUCUGAUCGAUCUCCGGGAGCUACAUGGACCUAACCGAGCCGAUAUUGUCCAUCAACUUGCUAACGCAUGUUCCGCUUAUGGCUUCUUCCAGAUCAAGAACCAUGGAGUACCGGAGACAACCGUCGAUAAAAUGCUAACCGUCGCAAGAGAGUUUUUCCAUCAACCAGAGAGCGAGAGGAUGAAACAUUACUCGACGGAUUCUACAAAGACGACAAGAGUCUCCACCAGUUUCAACGUCAGCGCAGACAAAAUCUUGAACUGGAGAGACUACCUUCGACUCCAUUGCUUUCCCAUCGAAGAUUUCAUUGACGAAUGGCCAUCAAAUCCUGUCUCUUUCAAAGAGAUCACAGCCGAAUACGCCACAAGCGUUAGAGCCUUGGUUAUGAGCCUUCUCGAAGCAAUCUCUGAGAGCUUAGGCCUUGAAAGGGACCAUAUAAGCAAUACAUUGGGCAAACACGCUCAACACAUGGCCUUUAACUAUCCUCCUUGUCCUGAGCCCGAGCUAACUUAUGGACUUCCCGGACAUAAAGACCCAACCAUUAUCACUGUCCUUCUUCAAGAUCAAGUAUCUGGUUUGCAAGUCUUUAAAGAUGAUAAGUGGGUCGCUGUUUAUCCUCUCCCUAACACUUUCAUCGUCAACGUAGGCGACCAAAUGCAGGUCAUAAGUAAUGAUAAAUACAAGAGCGUGCUUCACAGAGCUGUGGUGAACACAGAGAAGGAGCGGUUAUCCAUUCCGACUUUCUAUUUUCCUUCGACUGAUGCAGUGAUUGGUCCUGCUCAGGAGCUGAUCGACGAGCAAGACUCUCCUGCCGUUUACAAAAGCUUCCCAUUUGUUGAGUAUUGGGACAAGUUUUGGGACAGAUCACUCGCUACUGCAAGCUGUCUCGACGCUUUCAAAGCUUCAAAACCCUAA